AUGACUGAACAAGAUGUUUAUCCAAAUAAAUACAAUGAGGUACGAAGUAUCCUCAAAUACGAUAUAGAUAUAUAUAAUGCAAUUAUUUCACACAAUAUUGAUUUUGUUACAUUCUUAAUGAAUGAAUACAAUUUAGAGAUAGAUUUAGAAUGUUGUGGAAAGUAUAAUAAUCUUGAAUCAUUUUUAAUUUAUUUCAAUCAAACUAAUAAUAUUAACCAUUGCUUUGUUUAUUCAGUGAUGUUUGAUAUUCCAUCUAUUUGCUAUCAAAUGGUGCAAAUAUCAAUGCAAAAAAUAAUGAUAGAAAAACAGUACUUCAUUAUGCAGCAUGGAAUAGUAGUAAAGAAAUAA